AAACUCAACACUAAACAAGAACAAAUCACUUCUCCUUCUGUCAGUCUUCUACACGUGAACUAGGGUUUGACGGCACCUCUCUUUCAUGCCGUGCGCCGCUCCUCCACUUCUUCCCCCAUCUGAGCCGGUGCUUGCUACAUGUUUUUCGAGCCAACUUGCUUAACGCACUCCGGAACUUCUUUGCUCGCUUCGUCCCGUUGCCCUCGCCAAAACAGCCCCCCAAUGGACGAAAUAUUCGACACCGCGGAGAAAAGGAUUCUUGUUGAAAUGGUGAGGUUGGCCCAAAAACAUGGAAUGAAGGGUAUUAAAGGAGACUGGAAGGAAUUUUUGGAUUUUCAUGACAAAAAGCUCGGGGCUAGCUUGAGUGAUCCGACAAGGAGGUCCAUUGAUCUGUUGUCUGCUUUUCUGAAGACUUUCACUAAAGAGGAUGAUUUGAAGUUUUUUGCUAAAAUAAUGCAAUGCCAUUUAAAGCGCAACCUUGUGGAUCAAUUUACAAAGACAUCUGCAGAUGAUGAAAUCCCCGAGCAGAGACUUGUUCGAUUAACUCUUGAACACCCACAAUACCCAUCGGAUUAUUCGUUCCCAUCAAUUGAUGAGGAAUGGGUGGUUAUAAAGCUCAGUAAAAAAUCCAAGGUGAUGAGAUCAAAUGCAAUGCUUGCUGUUGAUUGCGAGAUGGUACUCUGUGAAGAUGGUUCUGAAGCAUUGGUGAGAAUAUGUGUUGUGGAUCGUAAAUUACAGGUGAAACUUGAUGAACAUGUAAACCCAGGCAAAGCAGUUGCAGAUUAUAGAACUGAUAUUACAGGCAUUAGUGCAACCGAUUUGAAAGGAGUUACUUGUUCAUUGGCAGAUGUACAGAAAUCUAUGAAGAUGCUGUUGUUCAAGGGAACCAUAUUAGUUGGCCACAGUUUAAAUAAUGACCUGAAAGCCCUGAAGUUGGAUCAUGCUAGAGUGAUUGACACCGCACUUAUCUUUAAAUAUUCGGAUGGAUCUAUCAAUAGAAGACCAUCUUUGAAUAACUUGUGCAAGUCUGUGUUGGGCUAUGAAGUUCGGAAGAAGGGUGCUCCACACAAUUGUCUAGAUGAUGCCUGUGCUGCAAUGAAACUUGUUCUUGCUAAGAUAGAUCAUGGUGUUGAUAAGCCUAUUCCACUGGUUCAAGAGGAUGUACCUGAAUCUGAAAUGGCAAAGCUACUUCUCCACAGGAUACCAAACAAUGUGCCUUCUGAAGAGUUGCAUAAAGUCAUUCCUGCAGAUUUUACCAUUGAACUCAAGCCAUCUAGGAAAGUGAAGGGAGACAAAUAUUCUGCAUUUGCUGUAUUCAAGAAUCCGCAAGAGGCAUAUCAAGCAUAUGAUACUGUCAAAGGCAGCCAAGAAAAGGACUCAUUGGGGAGGCCUCAGAAACUUGUCGAACUUAAGCUCACAACAGGCAUGGUUACUAGUCUAUAUGUCCGUAAAAUGGCCCAUGAUGAUUCCCUUGGCCAAAUAUCAUUCAAGAAGAGAGCUUUCCAAGCUGAGGAAACCCCAGGUGCAUCCAAGAUGCUAAAGACAAAUCCGAAAACCGAAGAGGAUUCUUCAAAUCAGUACUGUGAUGACCUGGCACGUAUUGAAAGAAAGAAACAAGAACUUAGUAAAAUAGAGAGAGGGGAUCCAAAUCACAGUUGUGAUCACUUGAAAGAGAUUGAAAGAUUGAAGCAAGAAUUGAUUGAAAGGGAUGUUCGACUCACCGAUCAGGAUAAGAUAAUAACCGAUCUUAGAAAAAGACUGAACUCAAGACAUGGUAAACGUCGCCCUAAAGUAUAGGGGUAGAAUAUCCGAGUUGGAAGUAUGCAGUGAAGAAAGAGAUCACCAGGCCAGAGACGUGAAGCCUUCUCUCUUCUGCAGAUUUUUGUAUGGUAAAUUAUAUUCACAUGGGGGAACGAGCAGGAGAAAUCAAAGUGCCAAACAAAAGGAUUUUGCAUUGUUUUGUAGCAAUAGAAAAGACAUUGAUAGCAUGGAGUAGUCGGUCCCCUGCUUUCUUCCAAGUGCAAGUUAUUUUUCUUUCCUGUUUUUGAGCAAAUUACCUUUUAAAUUACAUUAUAAUUUAAACUCACUAUUGUUUGAUUCUC